CGUAUUUGAGCAGGCAUUUCUCAAAAUCCAGGACGAUAACCAUUUCGGCCGUUCUGGAAGAUUUGAGGCAAUAGAAUCAAUUUGCUUUCCUCGAAAUAAAAUGUCGUUUGGGAUUAUCAUGCUUACCUUCGUGUUGCCUCAGAGUUUCGUGCGCGGAGUAGAAUGUCAAGGAAAUCAGCAAACGGCCGAAGUAUUCCCACCCAGAGACAGACUCGAGGCUUGUGUGAAGCUCUGUGUCUCUGUAGAUCCAUCCAAUGGGCGAGUUACGUUCACCGGAGGAAACACCGACUGCCUUGACGCGUGCAAGAAAAAGUACCUCUUUUCCAGUCCCAUGUCUGGAGUACUUGGACAAGAGGAGUUCGUCGGCACCACUACAACACAAUCUGAUCCGACCUCUCAGUCCGCGGUUCUCCCGCUCUUGGAACGCGAGCCAGGAAUUUCUACAAUUUAUUCGACGUUGAUGAGAGGAUGGACUGUUCUUGAGGAUUUGUGCGAAAUCUUUGACAGGGCAAGGACUUCCGGAUUGCCCGGUGUGAGCGGGAUGUCGGACAAGCACAUAAUGUGUGAUGUCUUGGAAGGAAUCAAUCAGCCAAAUUUCAAUAAGGCAGUCUGCCUGGUGUCGAAUGACGCCGAAGACCUGAUUCGCGGCUGCAAGCAAAUGACUCUCGCCAAAAUGGCCCACAGCCGAGACGAAAUGGUGGUCAAGAUGGCCAAUGAGCUAAACAAGGAAGUCGCAAAUAUCAAGGCUAAGCAUGAGUUCUCCCAACAACACCAUCAGCAAGACCAUAUGAACUUCGACCCAGCGCCCAGCAUGUUUUACCAAGCCCCGGAAUCAGCCUCGCAACGACUCGAGCACUGCGUGAAUGCGGAUUUCCUGAGAAAGCAAGAACUGGACACCAUACAGGCGCUAAGAAAGGAAAUCGCGGUCAAACAGAAUCUUGUCAGACAACUGGAACGCAAACCCGGUUGCGGUGCCGUAGACGGAGCACCGGAAAUUCCCGCAGAACCACGAGCGUCACCCGAUGGAAUGACACGAAUGUCUUGCGCUCAGGACCUGGGACUCCUGCGUUUCACAAUGAAUAAAAUCCUCGACACGCUGGAACAAAAAUAUGAGGAUCUAAGUCUGCGAAAAUGCGACUCUCCGGGAGUUUCACAAGUUUCCUUGAACGAUCCCAAUGGAUCAACGGAUGUGGCUUAUGCGGAAGCACUUCUUCCAUCUCCUCCUCCACACGAUCGUCUUUUCGCUGAAGUGCUUUCGGAAAACAUAACUCAUGGAACGAUGAAUUAUCAAACUCAAAAUGUGACGAUCAACGCUGAAAACUUUAAAGAUAAUCCAUUGUCUGAUUCUGUCAUACGAGGUCGCGUGGAAUACCAUGGAAUGAAGCGCACAGUGAAGUGGUCUUUGAGCCGCCACGUACUAUGA